UUUACUCUCUUGCCUCGCUUCGUUCUCGUCCCGUCUUCCUCCACCUGUGGCCUGGUUCCGAUCGCUCGCAUCGCUUCCCCGGAACCUCGGCGUCCUCCGAAGCCCCAUUCGCCUCGAGGCUCCCUCCCCCUCCUCCUCGUCCUACCGCUUCCGCGAGGCGCACACCGGGUGCUGGCCCAGUGGGUGGUGCGACAUCUGCUCCGUGCGCCGAGGAUGUUCGAUGGAAUGAUCCGCCGAGAGAGAUCUUAUUUUUCAGGAUGUAAUUUGCUAGAAGAAGGUGCACCAAAUUGUGAUGAGUAUCACAUUGUUGUUACAAUGCCUUAACUUGUUGUUUCUUUCAGCCACACCAUUCAAAGGUCUGAUAAGUUUUUGAAGCUUGAAGGUGAACAAACCUGAAACACACCAUUCAAAGGUCUGAUAAGUUUUUGAAGCUUGAAGGUGAACAAACCUGAAACAUUCUUAGUUCAUUCUGCAGAAAAUAUGAUGUGCUCUUAGCAACAGGCAAGGAUCCAAUGAUUUUCCUUUUGCGAGUAACAAAUUUUCAUUGGUGAAGUUUGCCUUCAAGUAAAACUGAGAGCUUGCGGACAGCUGGCUUGCUUGGAUGGGCAUUUGGUUUAACUGUCAUGCUAUAAGUCAGUGCGCGAGAUCUUUUAUUGCUGUAUGCUCGGGACUUCAUUUUCGUGCUCAUUCUUUUUGUAACAAGCUCAACGAUGGAAUUGUCCUAAAGGAUAGAAGGCUUGUUAGGUUUGACAGGAAUUUGAUUGACAUGUUUGCACUACAUGUAAUUUUGCAACAGUGUGCGAAGAGGAGGUGCCUCUUGAUUGGGAAAGGCUGCCAUGGUUUAGCCAUCCAUUUGGGUCUGGAAACUGAUACAAUCACGUGCAAUAUUCUGAUCAACUUGUACACAAAAUGUGGCAUGAAUGAUUAUGCUCGUCGUGUUUUUGAUGCAAUGCCUUUCAGAAGCAUAGUCUCAUGGAAUACCAUGAUUGCUGGGUAUACUUGCAAUGGAAAUGAUUUACAAGCUCUGAAGCUUUUUUCAAAGAUGCAUGAAGAAGGGACACAGAUGAGUGAAUUUACCUUAUCCAGCACCUUCUGUGCAUGUGCUGCAAAAUUUGCUACCAUAGAAUGCAAACAAUUGCACACUAUUGCCAUCAAGCUAGCAUUGGACUCCAAUAGUUUUGUUGGAACUGCAGUUCUUGAUGUUUAUGCAAAGUGUAAUAUGAUUAAUGACGCAUGCUUGGUUUUUGAGAAAAUUCCUGAGAAAACUGCAGUUACAUGGAGUACAUUCAUUGCAGGACUCGUGCAAAAUGGUCUUCAUGAAGAUGCAUUACGUUUAUUCCAGAGAUCACUAAGGGAAGGAGUAGAAUUUUCUGAAUUCACUCUUUCUGCUAUACUCAGUACAUGUGCAAGCCUAGCAUUGAUGAUGGAAGGAAUACAGCUUCAUGCAGUUAUUUUCAAGUAUGGUUUUCAUGGUAAUUUUUUUGUGGCAUCAUCUCUCGUGGAUGUCUAUGCAAGGUGUGGGCAGAUUGAGGAAGCCUAUCUAAUAUUUUCUGAUAUGAAACACAAGAAUGUCGUACUGUGGAAUGCAAUGAUUACUAGUUUUACUAGGCAUGGCAAUUUUUGGGAAGCAAUAAUUCUUUUUGAGAAAAUGCAGCAGGCAGGGAUAUCUCCAAAUGAAGUUACUUAUCUCUCCAUGUUGUCAGUGUGUGGUCAUGCAGGUUUAGUUGAAGAGGCCCGCUGCUACUUCAGCCUGCUCAUAUCUGAUCAGACUGCCGAACCUAAUGUCCUUCACUAUUCUUGCAUGGUUGAUGUUUUGGGGCGAUCUGGGAGGACUGAUGAGGCUUGGGAACUGAUUCAACAAAUGCCAUUUGAGCCAACUACUUCCAUGUGGGGAUCUUUGCUUGGAUCAUGCCGUAAGUACAGAAAUAUUGGAUUAGCCAGACUAGCAGCUGAACAGCUUUUCAAACUGGAACCAGAAAAUGGAGGGAACCAUGCUUUGCUUUCAGAUGUAUAUGCGGCCAGUGGAAACUGGGAGAAUGCUGUGUUGGCAAGGAAAUACCUGAAUGAUAGUGGUGCAAACAAAGACAUGGGGUCAAGUUGGAUCUAUGCAGCUCAUAUUUUUGGUUGUGAACAAAAAGAGGAGCUGUUUGUGCAGACUGCCGUUCCUUAAUUAAGAUUGCAAAUAGCAUUGGUCAUGGUCAGAGAUAUCAAACGGUUUCACCAUUUUAAGGAUGGCCAUGUUUUUAUGAGGACUUUUGGUAAUUGAUUGCUAAAUGUGGGAUGUCAACAAUUUAUUUCUGGCACUCUGUAUUCUCAUCAUGUAGUAAAUUAUUGCCUUGUUGUAGUGGCAUUCUAUACUGAAGAGAAAUGUCAGUGCUUGUACUGAUAGCUUUGUUAUUCAAGUCAAUAAUGUCAUCUUGUGGCCCCAUUUAGUGUGACAUCAACACUUCGUAUCAAGGCUGAGUUGAGUCGCUUAUUAUCAUAAUAGCUAGUGUGACAUACAGUAAUGAAGUAUAUCUUGUACAGUGCUUUUGUAAGCCAGUGUUUUUUAGCAAUGAAAUAUUUGUUUCUGCA